AUCCCGACGGAGUACACAACAAAAAGGGGGGAAUCGCCCGCCCGCGCCUUGACUUUGCGGCAUGCUCCUUCUGCGCUCCCUUCCCCCACCCCCGCUUUCCCCGACUUCUUGGCUGGGAGGCAGAAGAACGCAGGCGGGCGUCGUAACCCAAAGAAUUUUUUUUUUUUUUAAAGGAAUUGAGAAGCCGGGAUGGGAGGAGGGGAGGCAGGCCCCCGACGACCCGAGGAGUCUCGAGCGCCAACGGACAGCCGAGUUGGGGACGGGGAGGGGAGGAAGCGCACCCCCCGCCUCCCUCUUUCGCGUAUCCUGACGUGACGCGGCUCCGUGGCAAUUCCCUUCCCUCCCUUUGUGGUGGUGGAGGAGGGAGAGCCGGUGGUUGGCUGAGCAGAUCAUACAUAUUAAGAUCACACACAGCAUACAGCGUUUCUCUCAGGGCCGUUGUCUCUAUUUAUUUAUUUAUAUUUAUAUCUAUUUAUUUAUAAAUAAAUAAAUAAACCUAGAAAAUAAAUAAAUAAAUCAUCACAGAGUUCCUCAGAGUGGUUCAGUUGUCCCUCACUCUUCAGUCCCAUACACACAAGGUCUGUCUCAGGGCCAUUGUUCUUUAUUCCCCACACACACACACCUCUCUCCACAGGAUUUCUGUCAGAGCAAUGGUCCCUCAUCAUGCAGGGAACAUAGGCAGCUGCCACAUAUUGAGUCAGACCCUUGGUCUAUCUCGCUCAGUAUCGUCUUCACAGACUGGCAGCGGCUUCUCCAAGGUUGCAGGCAGGAGCCUCUCUCAGCCCGGUCUUGGAGAUGCUGCCAGGGAGGGAACUGGGAACCUAGAUGCUCUUCCUAGAGCGGCGGCUCCAUCCCCUGAGGCACUAGCGGAGGGAGGCCAGCGGCGGCCUGUGUCUGCCCCCUAUGUCUGACGACAGAUGUGGGGGGCAUGGUCUAGCUCCCGAGCGGGGCCAGCGCUGCGCUGCUGCUGCUCCUGGCCAUGGCGUGCUGCAAAUGCAGCGCUGGGCAUUUAACUCCCGAAUGGGGCCGCGCGGCUAAACCACACACCUUGCAUCUGAUGUCAGAUGCGGAGUUGUGUAUCGGGGCCGUGAGGCACGGCGCCUGAGGGACGGCGGCCCAGGUUCUUUGAACCCCGUCACCCAGUGGUGGCUGUUGCCAGAACCUGAGGGGUAUACUCGUGUGAAAUAGGGGCCGUAACCCAGAAUUUGGCUUUUAAAAAGCCAAAUCUGGCAACCCAUGAGUCCCUUGCCCUGAGGGGAAAUAUCUUGCUGUGCUCACACAUCAAGUCUCCUAUUCAUAUGCAACCAGGGCAGACCCUGCUUAGCUACCACAAGACCAGCUCUCCUCUCCUAACUUUGGAACCUGGACCUAAAGGCCUUUGGAGCCCCCCUUCCGUGAGCUAAGCAUCCCUUUUUAACACUCUAGGUUCUCUAGGACACAAACCACACCACCUAGGAACAGACUCCGGAGGAUUUGGGGCCUCCCCAGGCGGUAUAGAGGCCCUGGACUUUGCCUCUGCCCUCACACACCAAUCAAGUUUCUUUCUGAGCAGUUGCCCUUCAUAUGAUGAAUAUAAGACACAUAUUUAUAUACUGCUUUUCAACAGAAGUUCCCAAAGCAGUUUUAUACAGAUAUAAUUAUUAUUAUUAUUAUUAUUUUACAUUUUAUAUCCCGCUCUUCCUCCAAGGAGCCCAGAGCGGUGUGCUACAUACUUAGGUUUCUCCUCACAACAACCCUGUGAAGUAGGUUAGGCUGAGAGAGAAGUGACUGGCGCCAGAGUCACCCAGCUAGUCUCAUGGCUGAAUGGGGAUUAUAAGCAAACAAAAUGGCUCCCUGUCCCCAAAGGGCUCACAGGGACACAAACCACACCACCCAGGACAGACUCCAGAGGAUUUGGGGCCUCCCUAGAGGCCCUGGACUUCGCCUCUGCCCUCAUGGCACACACUGAUUUAGUUUCUUUCUGAGCAGUUGCCCUUCAUAUGAUGAAUAUAUGACACAUAUUUAUAUACUGCUUUUCAAGAGAAGUUCCCAAAGCAGUUAAUACAGAUAUAAGGAAACAAAAUGGCUCCCUGUCCCCAAAGGGCUCACAGUCUUAAAAAGGAACAUCAGAUAGACACCAGCAACAGCUGCUGGAAGGAUGCUGUGCUGGGGGAAUCAUCUCUUGCACACAUACACACAGGAUCAACUGCCCCUUAUUCUUCACACAUCUAUACACUUAAUUUCAGCCAGGGCAAUUGCUCCUUGUUUGUUACACACAUCAUUUCUGUCAGGGCAGUUGUCUCUUAUCCCUCAUACAUAUUCACACAGGGCAGUUUGUUUGUUUAUUACAUUGUUAUUCUGCUUUUCUACCCAAAGGAUAUACAAAGUGGUGUAUGAUAACACAGAUAGAUACAAUUUAAACUCCCAUUUUAAAAUACUGUAUAUUUACCGAGCAGUCAACAGUGGUAGGGCAAGCAUUAAAAUUACAAUGAAGGGUAAACAUGACACUUAGGUAAUAGCUACUCAACAUCCAGCAUUGAGUUUGCUCGGAACACAGCUCUGCUUCUUAGUUGAGCUAUGCUGCAAAGUGGUUGCAUUUGAUCGAGCAAACUCAGUUCUUGGACAGCUACCAAUGAAAUUGAUCUAGGAUGCUGGUCUCCAGUUGGUGGAUUAGGAUUAACAGUGGACCAUGCCUCAACCUAAAGUAGGUAGCACUGUGGAGAGGUCAGGUUACAAAUUUGGGGAGGGGCUGUAGGACAGUGGUCCAGCCACUGCUUUGAACACAAAAGGUCUCAGGUUCAAUCGUGGUAUUUCCAGGUAGGCCUGGAAAAGACCCCUCUCUGAAACCCUUGAGAGCUGUUUCCAGUCAGUAAAGCCAACGCUGACCUGGAUGGGUCAGUGGUCAGAUUAAGUAGAAGUCAGCUUCAUAUGUUUAUAUCUUCACACAACAUGGGAGGGAGAUAAUUGCUAUAACUGGAUGCCUCCCACAUCAGGGAUGUUGUUGGCAAGUCUUGUUGUUGGCAAGCAAUAAAAUAAAACAUUUAUUUAUUUAUUUAUUGUUAAUUUCAUAUUAAAUUGUUAUAAUUUAUAUACCAUUUUUAAAAAAAAACCAAGGAGGUUUACAAACAUUUAAAACAAGAUAAGACUCAAAAAAUUACACAAAAAAUAUUAAAAUGGAAUAUACAAAUACAAAUCUAAUUAAAAGUUUAAAAAACACACACACACAAAUGAUAAAUUCUUGUGCGCUUAAUAUAACACAAAUCACCCAGAGACGUACGUUUUGAGCGUUAUAACAAUAUGUUAAAGAAAUUAAAUAAAUAAAAAUAAAUAACACACCAAGGUUGUUCUCAUGUCCAUUUUUGGUGGACGUGGAGAAGGCAAGAUUGAGCUUCUCUUCCCCCGCCCCUCCAACGAUUGUGAUCCAUGUAUGGAAUUCACAACCUGCCCGCAUCUGCACUGCUCUGGGCGACACGGAGUUCUGGAGCCCAGGAAAAUGCAGCCCAGCCUCCAGAUAGCCCUAAUGUACCGCCUGAGAUGUGCAGUACAUUGAGGGAUUUGCCCUCAAGCCGGGCACUCUAGGCACCCAGCUCUGUAUCUGUGUCUCACUCUGUACACUCGCACAACCGUGGCCCUGGGUAAAAGUGCACACUUGCACCCUUUUACACAGGUAAAAGGCCAGGUAAAAAUCCCGGGCUACCCGGGAGGGCAGAGCCAGGAUCGGCCUCAAUCCUGGUGCUUCACAUGAACUUGGGUAAGGCUGCUCAUGUGGACAACCCCACCAUGUUCACUUACUGCAAGUAUCAACAUCCAUCAAACACUAGAUAGUACUGUAUUAACUGAACAGAAUAUGACUCUGGAUUUAAAAUGAUCCUCUUAAGAACAGAGGUUAAAUAUUUAUUUACCUACCUACCUACCUUCCUACCUAUCUAAUAAAUUUGUAUACUGCCCACUACCAAAGUCUCUAGGUGGUUUGUUUUAUGCUGUAAUGAAACAAACCAAUAAUUUAACAGUUACCACAUAUAAAAAUCAGAUGAAAAUAUCCAUAAAAAAACACACCAACAAACUAAAACGCUUGGCUGAAGAGAUGUGUCUUUAGCUGUUUCCUAAAAGCCAACAGGGAUGGAGCAGCUCUAAUCUCAGCAAGAAGUGCAUUCCACAGUCCUGGAGCAACUACAGAGAAGGCUAUACCUGUAGAGGUCAAAUAGAGGUUAUACUUGUAUAGAAUUUACCAAAAAGGAAGAGGACUCUGAAUGUAAGAUGAUCCCCUGAUUUCUACAGUCAAAUAACGUGGGGAAAGCCUAGUACUGGAUUCAGCCUGAACUUCUUCUACACCACUGGCGUGGACAAUAUCUGAUCACUCUACCAAACAAAAGCCAAGAGAAUGGAAAGAUGCCAGCCUCUGACUCUGGGCCUAGAGGAAUGGCUGGGAAGCCAGGAUGCUGCCUCUGAACUCUGAAAGGCACUGCAGUUUGGGUGCUUCUGUUAGCAACAGGAGAUAGAAACUGGUAAUAGUCGAAGGCAAGAGCUGAUUUCCCACACUGGGCCAGUCAUCCCUUUCUGCGUUCAAGUCUUUCCAUCACUGAGGUGGCCACUAAAUGAGUUUCCAUGAGUCAUGGGAUGAAGAAUCAAAAUCUGGGCUGGUUGCUCCCCCUUCUCCACAACAGCAUCAGACCUUGUUCUGGUCAUGUUUGUCCAAGAUCACAGUCAAGGGACAAGACUGAACCACACAUGAUUUCUAUCCCACUCAUCAGCAUAAUCAAGAUAUAUCAGCCUAUUACCCCCCUCGACCAAGACCACAAUGGGACCUCUUCAGUAAAGCCUUAGUAAUUUGAGACACACGAUUAAAGACAGAUGUUACUGGUUGCAUUCCCAAGGGGACUUGGGCAUAGAACAAAGCAUGUUUCUCAAGAAAGCAUCAAGACCUUAAAAGGUGACAGAACCAUUACAGAGCCCGUGCAAAGACUGCAAAGUGUCUUCAUUUAGAAUUUGCAUGAAGUCUGGCUUAGCAUUGGAUUUUUGAUGCUGGCAAUGGGAAGCAGAACAUCUAACAAGCCUUUCUGUGUCUUAUUCCAACUCCUUGUCUGGAAGGUGCUCAUGUUGCCAGAAGGCAUAGACACUUCCUUGGCAAGUUUUCACCUCAAAACGGCUUCUUGUCAGUAUCUAGGAGAAAAUGAUCUUCUUUCCAGCAUUGUCCUUAUUUCCGAUAAACGCUAUCAGAAGAAGGACUCCAUCAUCAGCUCCGUGCAUACGAAAGUGAAAGGGGUGGCUCAGACAGAACUGAGAAUCUGGGACACAGCAGAAUACACGGUCCCCAUGCAGGGAAUCAAUUCCUUCUUUGUGGUCACAAAUAUCAUCAUGACAGAAAACCAGGUCCAGGGACUUUGCCCCGAGUUCCCCCUUGCCAAAGCAAUUUGCUCUACAGACAAGAGCUGUAUGAAAGGUCGUAUGGACCCCCAGGGUAACGGAAUUCAGACAGGCAGAUGUGUGAAGUACAAUGCAACCAUCAAAACCUGCGAAGUCACCGCUUGGUGCCCUGUGGAGUCGGUGAAAAGUGCCCCAACGCCAGCUAUUCUGAGGAGUGCCGAAAACUUCACUGUGCUCAUCAAAAACAACAUUCACUUCCCAAAAUUUAACUAUACAACACGAAACAUUUCGCCGGAAUCUAAUAUCUCCUGUGUAUACAGCAAAAGUGCUGCUCCAGGAUGCCCCAUUUUCCGGCUGGGGGAUAUUCUCAAAGCAGCUGGGGAGAACUUUUCCGAGCUGGCCGUCCAGGGUGGAAUCAUGGGCAUCGAGAUUAAUUGGGAUUGCAACCUGGACAAGUGGCUCCACCGCUGCCGUCCCAAGUAUGGUUUCCGGCGGCUUGAUGACAAAAAGACCAAUGAGGCAUUGUACCCCGGCUACAAUUUUAGAUUUGCAAAGUAUUACAAGCAAGCCAAUGGAAAGGAGGAGAGGACCCUGAUCAAAGCUUAUGGCAUCCGCUUCGACAUCUUGGUUUUUGGCACGGGAGGGCAGUUUAACUUCUUUGAGCUCCUGGUGUACAUCGGUUCAGCACUUUCCUAUUUUGGGCUGGCUCAGUUAGUUGUGGAUUUCCUCAUUACUUCAUACACAUUCCCCUGCUUGAAAUCCAAUCCAGUGAAGGAAUAUUACUAUAAAAAGAAGUGUGAGUCAGUGCCAGGCCCAAGAUGGACACUGUUGUACGUGGCGUACGUUGAUGAGCCUCACAUCUUCAUGAUCGACAAAUUGCUGAGGACAAGCCUACAGAAUAUUAAAGGCGAAAUCAUUCACAGACGCACAGGCGAUUCCCGGCACGCCACCGCCAAACUCCAGCGGCAGCGUCCAGAUGAAACUGCGUCUCUGGGAAGCCCCCAAGAGCUGCAUCCCCUCCGAAAAGAAGGGGAUUCUUCAGCUUCUCCCCCCAAGCGUCCGUCUUGGUGCAACUGCGGGAAAUGCCACCCGACAGAGGCCUUCUGGGAGCAGCUCUGCUGCCGGAGGAAGGACGGAGCGUGCAUCACCGCUUCGGCUCUCUUCGACCAGCUUGUCCUCUGCAGGCCAACCCUGGAGUUUGUCCUCCUCUACCAAGACCCCUUGUUGGAUCUGAGGUCCGGAUCGCCCAACAAGCUGCUUCGGCACUGCUCUUACAGGCAGUACCUUCGCUGGCGCUUCGGGGACGAGGCCCUGGAAGGGAGGGCCAUGCUCCCGAGCUGCUGCAGGUGGCGGAUCAGAGACGCCUUCCCCAGCGAGACGGGCGAGUACAGUGGGUUUAUCAGGAAGAAAUAGCGGCUCAGGGGACUCCCCGCCACUGCUGCAGCCCAGGAUUCGUGGAGGAAACCGUCGAACCGGAGUGGCCCAGCCGCCCUCCCAGAAAGCCUGCCCUUCCAAGGGGCUGCUCCCUCCCUCCAGAUGACUGCCAGAGCGUAUUCUUUAAGGACACAAGGACAGCCCUGCUGGGUCAGGCCCAAGGAAGCCCAUCUGGUCCGGCAUCCUGUUUCGCACCGUGGCCCACCAGAUGCCGCUGGAAGCCCACAGGCAGGAGUUUGGGGCAAGGUUGACUCGGCUUGGGGCUCUGUGGUGGAACAGCUUUUUUCUGCCUCUAGGGAGCUCAGCCUGCUAGCAACUCCUCUGCAAAAGGCACAUACUGCGGAUAGGCUGUUCAAUAGUCAGGAAAGUCAUGCAGAAUUGCUUCCACUAAGACCAUAGCCUUGCUUGAUAGAUCCACACAGGCUGUCCGACAUCUGGUUCUUUCAGACCUCCUCCCUCUUCUUUUUCUGCCAUAGCAGAGAGCUGCUCUUGUGGUAGUGAGCACGAGUUGUCCCCUCUGUGAAACAGGGUCCACCUUGGAUUGCAUUUGGAUGGGAGACUACAUGUGAGCACUGUAAGAUAUCCCUCUUUGGAAAUGGAGGCGUAGCUUAGUGGAACAGCAGCUGCUUGGAAGCAGGAAAAAGGGGGGGGGAAGCAAAGUACUAAUAUAUAAAGUCUCUCCUCAACAUUGCUGUAUAACAAUUUAUAAUGUGGUUCCCAUUAUGGUUUCUGCUCAACAUUGUACAUUAUAUGUCCACAACUUUUGAUAUUGCUAUGAAUAUAUUUUUGAUCUUCUUUAUACAUUA